AUUUGACCCACGUGGAGGACAUGGCGGACUGAGCAAAGAAAGAUUUUCAAAGGUUUAAUUUGUUUUGCGAAAUCUGAUCGCGAAACGCUGUAACCAAUAUAAUGAAACGUAGAGCACAGGCUACAGAUAACUCUUUUGGGGUUGAUAAUAUAUCGAAGAAGGUAAGAAAGGACCCGAAUUAAUGUAUGUGAAUGUAGUUGUUGUUGAUGGUAAACAACAAAACAGCUGCAUUCACCAGUUACAACAUCACACUUGCACCACUCAUUAGAUUUACCAUCACCUGUUUUGUCUAUGAACGUCCAUGGAUAAGGUGGACCUCAGUGGUUCCGUAUUUUGCCGUUGAUUAGCAUGACAGUUGGUGGAUUUCUUUGAAAGUUUACUUAAAGUACCAGGAUGUGGUGAGAAACAUGGUUAUCUGAGUGCCCAGCUGCUGCAAAAAGUAGAGCUGUAGCAUGUUAUGGUUGGAUGAGUGUAUCGAUCUCAGAUAUCAGCCAAUUGUUCCAUCAUUUAUGUAGACAACGUUCUUGACAGCUCAACUAAACUUUUCUUUGAGAUGCCCUUUUGGUCAUUGAUGCUAUGAUUACACAUUAUGUCUUAAUUAGAAAGCUGUUGUUGUAAAUGGAGAAGAAAACGAUACAAAGACAACAAACUAUAAAGACAGUCUGUACCGACCACCCACAAGCGAGGAAAUCACUUCCCUCAAAGAAACUGAAAAUCUUUUCAAGUCCAGUCUUUUCCGUAUGCAGGUUUGUGCUUUUCAUUCUAAAUUUUCCCCAAGAUUUGAAUUAGGAAGACAUCAAGUUGUAGCAUUUGUCAAUGUUAUCAUCACCCUAACCAGCACUCGUUUGAGUCAUUGAAUCAAAUGGCCAUCUGGCUUCCAUCCAUCCAGCAGAAGAAAAAGUGAACUAGUAGUCUACCGUGACUCACAGACUCAUGAGGCUUCUUGCCACUGUUUGGUGUAGUUAAGAUUUUGUUUAGAAGAUUUUUAUGAAUCCCAGUGGUUUGUGUACUGGAUUCUGCACUGAGAGGUCUGGGUUUGAAACCUGACCUGGUUAUGUAUUGUGUUCUUGGGCCUUUGACAGUGACUCUCUCCACCCAGGAGUAUAAAUUUGUAGCUGCAAAUUGUUAAGGAAGCCUGAGGAAAUGCUGGAGGGUAACCUUGCAUCCCAUCUAGGGAGAUGGGGAGGGAGGUAGGUUAUACUCCUAGUUGUUUCAUGCCAUGGAAGCUGAGAUAAGCUUUGGCUGGAUCUGCCACUUUGCUUGAGUGCAGACUGUAUCUAUUUGUGAAAUGGAAUGAUGUACAUGUGCAGUGUAUUCUGUGCAUAAAUCAACCUAUACCAGCUAUUGACAGUGUAUUUUAAUCAACUCUUUUAAAGAUAACUGAACUUCUUGCUGAAGUACAACCAAAGAAAGACAGGAAUAAAGCUCUUGAUGAAGUCCUGCACGAACUCAAUACUCUUCUGUUGUCAUUACCUGAUGGAGAGAUGGUACACGAGGUAAGUUGUUUUGAGAAGUGACAUGUCAAUACAUGAGUGGUUUACUCAUGAACUUCUGGUUGGUGACCAAUCAGGUUAACUCCCAGGAGUGACCAAGACAGAAUUUCUCCUUACAGUAUCAAAAUAACAUUAAGCAGACAUGUGAUGACAAAAAAGGAAAAAAAAUCAAUAAAAGGAUGAUUGAUUGAUCCUGUUCAAAAUGUUCUGAACUAACAUUAUAAAAUUUAUAUGAGUGUGAAUAUAUGAAAAUCAUAUAUAUGUGUACCAACAAACUGACCUGCUCCCAGUUGGCUUGUCAGCGCAGUUGGAUAAAAGCACUGCACUGGAAUCACAGAGGUCAUGAAUUCAGAUUCUGUACAGGCCUAAAUUUUUUUCAGACCUCAUUUUCUCUACUGCUAAUUAUAAGAUGUGUUCAUUACUAUGUAGAAUUAUAUGCAUUAAUUUAAGAAUUGUAUGGCAGGUAUGUAGUUUGGAAGUGAAGUACAUGAUUGUGUAAAUCACUCUUACAAGUAGCUCAUCAAUAUAUCAAGCAUUUACUGCCAUGUAUGUGUUAUUAGCUUACUAAUUAUCUUAUAGAUUGAAGAUCACUCAUGGCUUCCCAAAGAAACCAAAUUUCCUCUUCCAUCCAGCCUUUCACCUGUGAAAGGAAAGUUCUGCUUUAGAAGACCAGUUAGUGUGAAAGUUGUGGGGAGUUACCUUCUUGGUACUGUAACUAAACCAAAUAUGAAUGUGGAUGUUGCUGUUGAGAUGCCAAAGGUAAUGUAAUUUUAAACUAUUUUUUAACCUACAGAACUACUUUUUAACUCAUGUUCCAAUGAGUGACCACUACAUGAUGCACUUUUUAAUAAAAUAAUCUUUGUGUUUCAUUUUAGGAAUGCUUUCAACAUAAGGACUACCUAAACCUCAGAUAUCAUCACAAGCGAGCUUUGUACCUAUCCAUCAUGGCAUCACAUUUAGUAAACAGCUCUUUAUUUGAGAGUGUCCAGUUCAGUCACAUGAACGGAGAAGUAUUGAGGCCAAUCCUGGUGCUUCAACCAGAAGGUGAGAUUGCUCACAUGUACAUGUAGAUUGUAAAGAAGUGUUGUUGCAAGGUUUUCAUUAUGGUGUGAGAUAAAUAUGGAUGCUGUUGUGUAUCAUUAGCUAUUGAAUGGGUUUACAUUGUCCUCUUAGCUAUGUUGUUAAAUAAAAUCCUUCAAAGAAACAAGCAAAUUUUUUUUCUUUUAAGUUGGUCAUAAAUCAUAAAUAAUUUCAGUCUAAAUUUUUCUUUGGUUUGUAAAAGUUUCUUAUCAGUUCUUCCAGUUAAGAUCAUGGUACUCACUACUAAAAGUAAGAGAUGGUAUGUGAAGUGAAAAGCUAGAAUUUAGGUGGUUUGAAGAUCUUUAGAAACUUCACUUAUGUUCUAAUAUACAUUAAAUACAGUAUAAAUAAAUUGAUUGUUCCUUUUUGUGUAGGUAAAGCUGGCAAACAGUUUGUCAUCAGAUUGCAUCCCUCUUUAUCAGAGGGCACAUUCAAGCCUCAGAGAUUUUCUCCAACCAGGAACAAUGUUAGACAGCGCUGGUUCAAAGGAGAGGAGGGUGUGGCUGAUGAUACAGAUGGUGAGAUAGAACUUUUGGGUUACAUAUCUUAAGGGGUGCUGACAAGAAUUUGUUUAACAAUCAAGAGCUUCCUUAGUUGGUGAUCAUUUCCUUCAUUCUCAUGACCUUAAUGUGUGAUUCAGGGAUGUUAUUGUAAGGAGAAAUUAGAUGCUGGUCACUACUAGGGGUCAAAGGGUGAAAACAGUGAAAGCUGUGUAUAGGAGUGCUGCAUUUAAGAUUUUUUGACUCAACUUUCUAAUUGUUUUUCCUUUUCAAUAUUAUUUAGAUACAGGGUUACCAACCUUUCAUUACAAUGCAUCAGUAUUGUCUGACAUGUUCCUGGAACGACAUCUUCACCACUUGUACAAGUGCAUCACAGAUUUUCCAGGAAUGAAAGAUGCUGUGGCUCUUAUCAAAGUUUGGUUGCAUCAGCGGGAACUUGAUAAGGUUUGGACAUCUCCAUCAUCACUAUUUACGACUAUGAUUUUCAUUUCAGAGAGGUGCAACAAAGAUUUAGCAAUCAGGUUUGAAAAUGAAAAUUGUGCUGUUGACACGGGCAAAUAUGGCCCUGUUUCUACUGUGACAACUUGUUGUUUGAUUGCUUUUAGCACGCUCUCAUGUUUGAUGGUAGGGUAAAUACCAUUAUCAAGAUUUGGUUACCACAGGAAGCGAGGAAGGUUCCCUGUGACAACACAGUAAUUUCAUGGUCCCAACCCAGUCACCAAACUUAUUGUUAUUUCUCCACAUAGGGCCAGGGUGGCUGCACUGGAUUUUUAGUGUCUAUGUUCAUCUCUCAUUUACUACUUAUAAAGAAAAUUAACAAGCAGAUGAGUUCAUAUCAGAUCCUUAGAGUUUUCCUACAGUUCCUUGGUAAGUAUUUAACAGCAAAUCUCUCUCUAAAUAUGCAUUGUAUUUUUUUUAUUCUUUAUAGGACAAAAAUAUAUAUACAUGUACUUUUUAAAUAAAUAUUGGUCUCACUCUUUUCAGGAUCAACUGAUUGGACUAAAGAAGGGGUAACAAUGACCAGGGAAAACAGUGAUGAUACUAAUGUGGUAUGAUAAAUAUUAAUAAAUAAAUAAUAAAUAAAUAAUAAAUAAUUAAUAAUAAUUAAUAAAUAUUAAUGAUAUUUCUUUAGAUAUUACAGACUUGAAUUGUCUGUUGAAGGAGCUUUUUAUCUAUUUGCUGUUUAAUCCUUUGGGUAUCAUUUAAAAUUGCCACAAGAUGGAAGGAUUGGAUGAGAUGGAAGAUUUUCUUUUAAAUUUAAAGUACAAAUGAAAAUGCAAACCUUAUUCAAACAAAUGAAGACAAGAGGAAAGAAAAUCUGAAAAGAACAAGGAAAAGUUUAUCUUUGUUUUUUUUUCCAGCCAUCAAAAGCAGAUUUUCAUGCAGGGUUUGAUGUGGUGUUUGUUGACCCAUCUGGUUACCUAAACCUGUGUGCAGGAAUGACUGGGGCUCAGUACAAAAGAGUGAGUGAAUAGUAAUUAUUUUUGUAAGCAUAUUUAUAAAAAUUGGAAUCCGUGGUUAAACUCUCAGGCUGAUGCUAAGUGGAAGUUGCUUGGUUGAAGAGAACUUUUGUAAGACUGUUACUCCUCAUAUAUCAAGAAUUUUCUUCAAUCCUUUAACCCCUAAAAAAUGACUAGCCUCUAAUUUCUCCUUACAGUUACAACCUUUUCAUGAAUAUCACAAUUCUUGAACAAAAUAACACUGGAGCUCUCUAAGGAUCAUGUUUAAGGAAACAGGCAACAGGCAGUCUCUGUACAAUAAUGGUAUUGCUAAUUUAAAUGAAGAGUGACUCAUAUGUGGCUGUUUUCAUUCAAUCCACAGUUACAGCAUGAGGCCAGGUUAUCUUUGGAAUAUUUGGACAGCAGUUUUAUGGACGGCUUUGAGAUUCUUUUUAUGAAGUCUGUGCCAUUUAUACAAACAUUUGAUCAAUUUCUACAGUAAGUAUUCUUAAUUGUAGAUGUUUAGUUUUUUGAUCCAAAAUUCUGUUUGUUAGGGCUUUUUCUUUCUUAAGGGGCAUACUGAAUUUCAGAUGUUUUGUAGUCCUCUGAAUCUUAAGUAAUGGAGAACAGGGGUGAAUGUUUUGAUGUCUCUGUUGCAGAAUUCCAAACAUUAGUUCUUUAGAAGUGGUUUGCAAGAAGGAUGACCUUCUCAGUCACCUUAUUGACCAUCCUGGAGACUGGACCCCGGUCAUUACUGAUUGGCUACUUCAUCUUGUUGACAAGGGUCUAGGAAAAAGAGUAGACAUGCUGUGCUUUGAGCCACAGGCUCCCUGUCAGGUACAAACUAAAUAGUGAUCAAUAUGAAGGGAGCCAGAAAGAUUUUAAGUAACCCAACUAUGACAUAAAGUAGGCAACACUACAGGUUACAAUCAUUCAGAAUAGGCAGUGUAUUUUUCAGAGGAUUUGUGAAAUGUGCUGAUUGCUGGCAUAUUUUGGUGAAUUUUAUGGGAAUUGGAAUUUUUUUCUUCUCAUUUUCUGGCUGUUUUAAUGUAAUGUGUGGAGGAAAAAAGAGCACAAUCAGUGUUAAUUUUGGCUGUGUACUAUUGUUGUAGCCUCAAGCUCCAACUCACUCAAAUGUAUGGUUUAAAAACUCUUUUUUUCCCACCCCAUUAGUUCAUGGCAAGUCAGCUUCUGGUCAUUUAGCUCUGGGAAAAAGCUUCAUUUUGUCUUACUUUUAACCAGUCGAGGAACCAGUCGAUCAGAAACGAACAAAAAACGCAGUGUAAAAGUGCUGAUCAUAAACUUGUCGUUAUGUGUAUAUGCUUUACAUAGAAUGUUAAGUUCGUUCAGUUGAACCAUUAUAAUUCGAAUUAAUAUUUUAUCACGACAUGUCCAUCAGUGGCCAGUUAGCAAGACUCCACCCGACAAAAGUCAGAAGGCUUUGACCCUGGGUUUGCUGUUGAACUCUGAUCACUCUGAUGUCGUGCUUGACACAGGACCCCCAGCCGACAGCGCAGAGGUUAGUGAUCGUCAUUGUUAUCCUUUUCUUUCACAAACAUCCCAAAAGCUCAACACACUAAAUCUGAAAAACCAUUAGGUUUGUCUUUUAUAAAGUUCCUUUGAAUCAUUUUAAGUCAUUCAGUACUGCACUAUAAACCUACGCGAGUGACAAACAAGAUCAUGCUAUUUUUUUUUUUCCCAGGCGAUAUCUUGGCGAUCAUUUUGGGGUGAGAAGUCUGAGUUGCGCCGAUUUAAAGAUGGAUCAAUCCUGGAGGCGGUGUUAUGGCCGUGCAACAGUAUAGCAGAAAAACGAAUUAUCUGUGAAAGAAUUAUCAAACACCUUCUUCAAAGGUGAUGAUCACAUUUUGAACUAAUCUUUUGAAAAAGUUAUGAUUGAUGCGCGUAACGUGAAGCAUAAUAGCUCAGAUGGAGGAGCAUAGUACUGUUAUUGCAUUAGAUACAGCUCUAAUCCUCUGAAACUCCAGUACAAUUUGUGCCCAUUUAAUUUCGGCUUUUUUUGCAACGCUUACAAGCAAUAGGAUAUGUUGCCAGAAAAAAAGGGAGAAUUAGUUCUGCUUGGGAAGUUGGAAAAUAAAGAAAAUUAGUGGAACUUGAGAGGUUCUCUUCACCCUCCCCUUCCCACGCUUUCCCCAUUCGUAUUACCCGGAAAUACAUGGUUUGAUUGGAUCUUUUUUUUUCAGACACGGAGAUGUCGACACUUCGUCGUUCACCUACGUUGCAAGUCAGCUGGACUGUGUACUACAGACUCAUGCUGAAUCUUCCAAAGACGGAACAGGCGAGGAGGACGCACAGAGAGUGAAUCAAGUUUACAACACUUUGUGUAAACAGAUCCGAGCGUUGGAGCUGCCGCUCAGUGUGAGCUCGUUGCAGGGAAUAAGCCCGGUGUUCAGAGGAGCAGAGGUAGUAGAUCGAGGUUAUUGGCAACCAUUUUUGCUCAUACUUCACAAAAUCCGUGCGUCUGUUCGUUAGGGAGGUCUUCGUUGACAAAAAUUUACGAACACUUAAAAUGUAUUUGAUCCGAAUCUUAUCGUAUCAGAUUAACUAUUCUCUCUUAUAGUAGCUCGGCAUUUCCUUUUAUACAAGUAUAGAUAAUUUGGCGCUUUAUUAACAUAACACCGUCCCACUUAUAGUUUUCUCUUUCCUGAUCAUUUUGUUAAAAAAAAUGUACAUAACUUGUGAGGAAAAUUACUUGCUUAUCUCUGGAAGGGGAAAAGUUGAAAAUAAGUAUAUCAUUAUGUUUGUUUUCUUGUCCUUAGGUUUUUCCGCCAAGAGCUUGCUUUAAAAAUAGCAAAGUGAAACCGCAACCUGGCAAUGAAAACUUAGCAGACAAUGUAUUGCUGCCGUCUGAACUAAAGAACACCACUUGGUGUCCAGCUAUGGAAGGUAAUUAGUGUUUUGAUUAUUUUUUGUGCAAGGUGCAUGUAUCUGUGAGAUAAUAACCGCAUGAAAACACUCGGAUGUAUAUGUGUUAAGGUUUCUAUGCUUUGAACGCGCAUAUUUCACCCAUGCAGCCUUCAUAUUUGUGUAAGAGCUAACAGUGUGAUGGAUACCAUCUCAAAGCACAGCAAAGCUAGCGAAACGAGAAACUGGUUGGCAACUCUCCCAGCAGUUUUAAAAACGAAUAGGUCUUAUGCUGAACUUAGAAAAUUUUGAUACUAUUUUAGUACAUUCCUGUCUGCAAUUUAUGAGUUUCAAAUGUAUUUUUCUGUUUGUGAAAAUCUCCCUGAGAAGUAUUAUGGUAAAACAGUAUUUCUCCGUUAAUAUUAGCAAUUAUCUGAUUGAACCAUAGUGACUCUCUUUCUUUACAACUAAAAUGAGCAUAAGGAGCGGUGAGGGGAGGGGAGGGGAGGGGAAUUUAAGUUACUUUUUCGUUCACUUGUUCGUUAUACUCUGUGCUGUCAGGUCAUUUUGGAAGAUACGUGGAAGAAUCUAAAGUCAUUUCUCUCGUAGUUAUCUUGCAGUUUGAGACAAGCGGUAAAUGGCCGGACGACUUGACCGCCAUUCAACACAUCAAAGCGGCAUUUCACAUCAGACUUGCAGAGUUACUGAAGAACGAAUGUUCACUUAUUACUGCUGCUUCACAUCAACAUGUAGACGUACUGAAGGUCGGUUGCUGUAAAAGAAUUUCCUGGAUAUGAGUUUUAACGCUUUUUUGUACCAUUUGGCCUCUGAGUUAAUUUCUUUGAGUAUUUUAUUUAAACUACAGCUACGAUAACUGAAACGAGUAGCAUUGUAGCGUGAUUUAACCGUAUUCUUGCUCUUUGUGGCUGUUAUGCAGGAUGGUUUUGUGUUCAGAGUCAAGAUUAUGCACUACCGUGAAAUGGUGUUGCUUCAAAAAAGCGAUAUUACACAGGAGUCAAAAACGGAUCACGAGAAGAAAGCUAAAGAACUGGAGCGGGAAAUAACACAUUUGCCGCUGUUGACAAGCACGCUUCAUGGGUAGGUUAUAAAAAAUAAUAACGAUUCUUGCAAUCAAUCCCGGGUGUUUAAAAUGGACUGAAACUAGGAUUAAGUGUGCCAAAGAAAACAAGAGAACAACCUGUAACAAAAUUCUUAACGGAGCAUCUAAGCACUCAAAGUCCCCCUAUCCUUUGCAUGGACUGAGUGCAAGAGAGCUAGAGAGAAGUUGCAAUCGCGGGAAGGUAUGCAUCCUGUUAGUGUUAAGGGCAGAAAAACAAUUUAAACCGGUGACCAGCACGACAAGGCGAAAGAGACAACUUGUUUCAAGCACGGUUAAAAUGCAGAUGCCAAGGGCGGGAAAAGUGUUUCAAUUUUUUUUUUACAUUAUUGUGCUUUAUAGGAAUAGAUUCUUACAGUGUACGAGUUCCAGAGCUCGACAUAUGUGGGAAUUGUACACAGUUAUUCCUGAGAGGGACUGCUUGCAGUAGUGGUGACUGAGGGUUUCGAAAACCCUCGCCGAAGUCAUCGUCAGAGUUGAGAGGACACGAUCAAACACAAAUUAUCAUUUUUACUUCCUACAGCAUACAACAGCAGUUCAGUGGAUAUAGCGGAACUGUACGUUUGGCUAAACGCUGGUUGUCGGCUCAACUGUUGUUUGAUCACGUGACUGAAGAAUGCAUUGAGCUGUUGGUAGCCUCUCUGUUUUUCUCCCCAGCCCCCUUCACUCCUCCCAGGUAAGCCGCAGUGGGCAUAGACCCAUGGAAAUCUUCAAACGUGAGUAGAUGUUUACAGGAGGUUUCAGAACUAUUAGGAAAAUAUGGAACUUUCAGUUUCAUGUGAAAAAAACUUUUGCAAGAGAAUGUCAAAACCGUUUUGGCUAAAUCGUAAAGUUAAAAAUUUGACCAAAUAAAAUAAAGGAAACAAACAGUACUGUUAAGUAUCUAUCGGAUCACAACUGUUGGCCUUAGAGUGUUUUGUUGUUUUUUUUCGAAAAUUUCAGUGCAAUAACGCAUGAGAUAAAGUGAGAGAAUUCAAAAUUUUCUUUUUCCUCAGAUCUCCUCUCGUCGGAUUUCUUCGAUUUCUUCAUCUGCUAUCCUCGACCGAUUGGCAAACAACGCCCAUAAUUCUUAAUUUCAAUAACGACUUUUCUGGUGAGUCUUAAGAGCUGAGUUUUGAGUUUCGCAAUACCAAAACCAAAGAAAUCACAACAGUCGCUCAGAACAAAGGAAAUGUCACAAGGAGGCAAUGAGUGCGUAAAGUAAAAACAAACAAACUGCCAGAAGAGCGGGGAAAUGGAAGUGAUCACGCGACCAUUUCAUUUGGUUCUGCAUCUGAUUGGUUUACAAUUUGGCGCGAUUUUUCUCGACCAAUCUUCAGUUAUGGAUAGUUAAAGAACUGCAAUAGAAACAUGUGUCACAGCGCUGGGUCUUUAUAGUUUGGAUCAAUGGAGUACAGUUAAAGCUGCUCCUGUAGAAAAAUUAUAAAAUGGGAUUCUCUACUUACAGUUAAAUUUUUCACUUGAAGUCACGAUUACUCUUUUUCUUAUCAAAGUGUAGCACCUUUCUUGCUUAAUGACCGUUGAUUUGUAAUACUUACAAUAUGGAGGAUAGAUAAGAUCAGGCCAUCUUCGCCAUUUGUCCCUCUUUGUUCGUCUUUGCGAGCUCGUCUUGGCCAUUACGUUUCACCUCGAAAUCAGAAGCCCUUAGAUUUUAUUCCUUGCGAUUUUUAGAUACUUUGUCUCUUAUUUCGUAGCUGAAGAAUAUCAGGAAAUAACUUCCAAGUUUUCAAACAACAGAGCACAGCUUCCGGCGGUAUUUAUUUCUACUCCUAAGGAUAAAUUUACCUCUUUGUGGACAAAGGACAAACCCUCCAAACAGGUUCUGUUUUCAUGCAUUUACAUGUAGCUUUUUACUACUUUAGGUGAAUGAUACAUUGCGCUUUUAAUUAAUCUUUUAAUUCCCACACCACAGAUUGUAAAUAGACUUUCCUUGCUGGCGAGGGAGUCGCAGUCGAUCUUGGAACAUCAAAUUAAAACGUGCCCCCUUCAAACAACAGAUUUCAAGGUACAAUAGAUUCACACUUAUUGUAUAAUUCCGACGAAAAAACUCAUCGUGUAUUGUGGAGGUGCUCUGAGUACACGAAAGAUUGAGCUAAAUGGAUUAGCAGAGAUACGGCAUGUGCACAAUAGAUUGUUGAUCCACCUGACCCUUUGUUUGUUUGUUUGUUUGUUUGUAUGUUAAAUUUGUUUUACAUAAGCAUGUGGAUCGGUUGAAAACCAAUUAUGUGAAUUUUUUUCUUUCGUUCGUUUCUCUCCUCAGCUAAUCUUCCGUCCACCAUUGGAUCAUUAUGACGUCAUUAUUCAUCUUCACAAUCGUCUCCUCUCUCGAAGAAGCCAGGCCCUUGAUCGUGUGAAGCAUUCAACAGAGGAACCUUCAUCAUCAAGUCCGUCUGUUUUACUUCCGGUCGUCAAUUUUGACCCCUCGUGGUUGUAUCUCGAAGAACUCAAGGUAAAAACAGAUUUUUUUCUUGUAACAUCAAGAGGACGUUGACUGUAGAUAAGCCGAAUAUAUCCAGAUCACAGUUUAAGAUGUUCAUGAAAUUCGUUUUUUCCAGGAAGCGUUUUCAGAUGUUGCGAUGUUCUUUCACGAUGUUUAUGGUGGGAACAUUGUUGGGGUUGUAUGGAAGCCUCACAGCUUUGAACCAGCUCCGUUUAAGGUGCAGUCCCCUUUUAUUUUGUAGGACGUUGUCCCUUCAUUAAUGCUGUUUUCUUUGUUAGUUAUUUUAUAGUCUAAUCGGACUGUUAUUUGGUCUCAACAGAUUCUACACGCGCAGCACAAGAUGCCAUUAACCACUCCUCAAAAGGGUGCAAAGGUAAGUAGCGCAAUGCGAAAGACAGCUUAACCCUUAAACUUCUAGAAGUGAUUAACUAAUAACUUCUCCCAUACAUCAUCCUGCAAACAGGUAUUGAGAAAACUCCAACUUAUCAGGUAGAGGUUGUUAUCUUGAUCUAACACUAAAUUCUCAUAACUGAUUUACGAGGAUAUGUGUAGCAGCUAGAGGGGAGAAUUAACGAUCAGAUCAUUGGAGUUAAAAGGGUUAAAACAUGUAGGUGUGUUUGCCCUGAACACCGAUGAAAAAGGGUUCAUGAUAGAUUUAGCCAUUUGUAAAUUCCACUUUUCAGUGGAAGGGACAAAAUAUGUUGUCAUGGGUGUUUUUAGCAAAGUGCGCGGCAAGAUCCAAUGUACUGCUCAGGUUAACUAGAACUUUCAAGUUUUAAAUUUGAUUUUGGUACUGCUUCACUCCUAUGAGUUGAAUCUUAAGCCGCAGAGCGUCGAGGGCACGAUAAAUUCCCCGUGGGGGGGGGGGGAGAGUGGCGGAAGUACAUUUGCAUCGUGCUUGAAAGGGUAGCAAAUCAGAUACAGGAAGAGCUUAAUCUUUCCUGCUCGUAGAGCCAGCCUCACAAUAAAAAUUUCUUUUUUUUUCAGUCGAGUGGGAGCUGGGUCAUACCUAAUAUUGCAGCCAUCUUGUCUGACUUUCAAACAAUCGGAGACGGACUAGUGAAAAAGAUCGAGGUUAUGAAUGGUUGAAGAAAGAAAAAACAACCCAACAUAUCCUCCUGAAAAAUAAGACGACUUCUCCCAAAAAAAAAACCUGAUACUGAAAACACUGUGAACUUGAAAAUCUUAUCGAUUAUCGUGAAUGAAAGAAAAUGGUGCAAUAUACCAGCUUAGCCAAAAAUGUAAAGUACCUUAAAUCUUAGAGGGCCCUGUUGAAAUUGUUCUUCUUAAAUGGCAACUGAUGUCCCUUGCACGGAUUCAACUUGUACAGUCUUAAAACAAAAUUUUUUAAAAAUAAAAGUAAAGAUGCAUUUGCUUCAUCGAAUCAUAGGAAUGCUUGGCCCCUUCUGUUCUUUAAAGUAAAUAUCACAAAAUCUUAUUUACAGACUUAACUUUAGAGCCAGCCAAUCGCUGAGAAUUCUUCGAGACUAACUUGUAUAUUUACUAAAGGGAAUAUUAGCCUUCGACUUCGCCGCUCAGUCAGAUUUAUCUUUCAUAGUAUGAGAACAGUUCAAAUCUCGCGCCCGCUUCGUAAGUCAGACUAAUUCUUUUUGUGCAAUAAUGGUGAUAAGACUGAAUGGAGUCAAAUUCGGUCUGUAAUCAUACGAGUGAUAACAAAAUCGACGACCGCGUAGUGGA